UGUGUUCGAUAUACAGCGUUCGACGGUCUGAUGUUCAUUUUGCAGCAGGUUGUAAAUCAGUGGCCUAAUGUCCUCAGCCUGGAGCCUGGAGCAUCAUUAGAUGACAGCCUGUAAGGAGAUAUGCCUGAAAUCUGAGGAUGGCUUGGAUAUGGGAGCAGGGUGAGGGGGCCCCGGGCCCCUGUGUCACAGUGUCAGGAUGGCCAGUGAAGACCCCAGCCUCCCGAGCCCCGCGGUGCGCCAGGUCGACAAGCAGUUCCUGAUCUGCAGCAUCUGCCUGGAUCGCUACGACAACCCCAGAGUCCUCCCCUGUCUGCACACCUUCUGCGAGCGGUGCUUACAGAGUUACAUACCUGUCCACAGCCUGACCAUCUCGUGCCCCGAGUGCCGUCAGACGUCCAUCCUGCCCGAGAGGGGCGUGUCCGCGCUGCAGAGCAACUCCUUCGUCACCGGCCUGAUGGACGUCCUGCAGCGGUCGCCCGACAGCAGCAGUGAGGCCUGCACCGUGCUGGAGGCCGUGGCCGCCGUGGCCGCCACCCCGCCCCUGUCCUGCCCCAACCACGAGGGCAAGGUGAUGGAGAUGUACUGCACCCCAUGCGAGACAGCAGUGUGUCAAGACUGUAUUGGCGGGGAGCACGCCGACCACCCCGCCAUCCCGCUCAAGGACGCGGUGGAGCAGCAUAAGAUCGCUCUGCAGGACCAGCUGGGUGCAGUAAAGAAAAGGCUGCCGGAGAUCGACUCGGCCCUGCGGGCCCUGUCCGACAUCCUACAGCAGCUCAGCAGCCAGCGGGCGUCCAUCGAGGAGGACAUCCACGCCACCUUCGAGGAGCUGCAGAAGACGCUGAACGUGAGGAAGAGCGUGCUGCUGAUGGAGCUGGAGGUCACGUACGGGCUCAAGCAGAAGGUGCUCCAGGGCCAGCUGGACUCCCUGCUGCAUGACCAGGAGGGCAUCCACAGCAGCUGCAGCUUCACGGAGCAGGCCCUGAGCCGCGGCUCGGAGGCCGAGGUCCUGCUGGUGAAGAAGCAGAUGGGCGAGCGCCUGAGCGAGCUGGCCGGCACCGACUACGCCCUGCAGCCCGCGGAGAACGACCAGCUGGACUUCCUCAUCGAGACGGAGGGCCUGAAGAAGUCCAUCCACAACCUGGGCACCAUCGUCACCACCAACGCCGUGGCCUACGAGACGGUGGCCAGCGGCGAGGGCCUGCGGCAGUGUGUGGUGGGCCACCCCACCUCCGUCACCAUCACCACCAAGGACAAGGACGGCGAGCUGUGCAAGACGGGCAACGCCUGCCUGACGGCCGAGAUCUUCACCCCGGAAGGCAGUGUGGCCGAUGGCGAGGUCCUGGACAACAAGAACGGCACCUACGAGUUCCUCUACACCGUGCAGAAGGAGGGCAACUUCACCUUGUCGCUGCGCCUCUACGACCACCACAUCAAGGGCAGCCCCUUCAAGCUGAGGGUGACCAAGUCGACCGAGGCCCUGCCCACCUCCGACGGCGUCAAGAAGCGGGUCAAGUCCCCCGGCAGUGGCCGCAUUAAGCAGAAGGGGGUGAAGCGCACGGCCAGCAUGUUCAGCACGGCCAAGCGGAAAGAGAACCCCAUCGAGGAUGACCUGAUCUGCAGAAUCGGUACAAAGGGAAGAAAUAAAGGCGAGUUCACCAACGUGCAGGGCGUGGCGGCGUCUCCAACCGGCAAGAUUCUGAUAGCGGACAGUAACAACCAAUGCGUUCAGAUCUUCUUGAACGACGGGCAGUUUGUGAGCCGGUUCGGUGCGCGGGGGCGGUCUCCCGGGCAGCUCCAGCGCCCCACCGGCGUUGCAGUCCACCCCAACGGUGACAUCAUCAUCGCUGACUACGACAACAAGUGGGUCAGCAUUUUCUCAAGUGAGGGGAAGUUCAAGACAAAGAUCGGCUCCGGCCGGCUGAUGGGGCCCAAGGGCGUGUCCGUGGACCGGAACGGUCACGUGAUCGUGGUGGACAACAAGGCUUGUUCUGUCUUCAUCUUCCAGCCCACAGGCAAGCUGGUCACCAAGUUCGGCACCCGCGGAAAUGGGGACAGGCAGUUCGCAGGUCCUCACUUUGCAGCCGUGAACAAUAAUAACGAAAUCAUUAUUACGGAUUUCCAUAACCAUUCUGUGAAGGUUUUCAACACGGAGGGGGAAUUCCUUCUGAAAUUUGGGUCCAACGGUGAAGGAAACGGGCAAUUUAACGCUCCUACAGGGGUGGCCGUCGAUGUCAACGGCAACAUCAUUGUGGCAGAUUGGGGAAACAGUAGAAUACAGGUGUUUGAUGGCAGUGGCUCCUUCCUGUCCUACAUCAACACCUCAGUGGACCCCCUGUACGGGCCCCAAGGUUUGGCCCUGACGUCCGACGGCCACGUUGUGGUAGCGGAUUCAGGAAACCACUGCUUCAAAGUGUACCGCUACCUGCAGUGACACCUGGCAACCACCCACACCUUCACCCAUUUCUCCACCCGGGGCGAAACCUGCCAAGAUGUCUGUCUCCAUCUGAAGCUUUUCAUCUGCGUGGCCUUGCCCUGACCUUUGAACCCUGCUCCUGCCCCCCUGUCCUCAGCCCCCCUGUCUGUUCCACUCCAGAGAGGUGUGACACGCUAAACUGCAAGUAAAGAAGCUAACCCAGCCCUGUAAUACAAAUGGACACCUCCAUGAUUUCGUUUGAACAUUUCUCUGUAACCCGGUGAUGAUCCAUGACAACUUAUUGCCUGUGUCCUCAUGCCAUGCAAUGUUUGCUAUUACUCUAUUUAGGAUGAAAUGGUAGUGCCUGAUAUGUAUAUACACUCAUUUAAUUGCAUUAUUCUCUGUAUUCACUAUUGCCCUCAAUGGUUGGAGGUAUAGUAUUUUGUGUAACACUGAAUAUCAACAUCUUAAUACAGCAAUUUAGUAAUUUGCUACUCUGAUCAUGGCUAACAAACUUGACUUGAAAAGUGAAACAGUAUGGCAGCUUCUGGGUUCGGUAAAAUUAAAAAGUAAUAUAUAUAUUUUGUUCAGAAAAUUAGCGACAAGUAAAAAAAAAAAAACUAUAUAUUUGUGAAAGUACAUUUAAUAACCAAUAAUGUGUGAAAAGGAAAAAAACACAUUGUGAGCUCUGCACUUGUAGACAUUGUCUAUUUUUCUUGUGGUCUUUGACACCUAACUAACAAACAAUAACGUGUGAAAGAAAAACUACAGCCCUCAGUAAAAUGUUAGUCUUAUCUCUUUUCCUGGUAAGGAAAAAAAUAAUGGCCUGUAUAUAAUGUGUAAUACUUUUCCCAUCACACUAACACACCAUUCAUCACAGGGCUGAAUAUUCCAGGGUAUUUUUGAUGCAUGGUUUUAUAGUUGUAGUAGCUAUAUCAUUAUAUUGACAUGCCUGCAAUGCUUUUAGGAAGAAAAAAAAUCACACAAAACCAAACUCUUUAGUGGGAGAUAUUCUGAGGGGUACGGAUGCGUAGUGUCACCCAGCACAGGUCAUUUAUGUUUCUAAAUCACUCAUUGGUUCGUCCUUCUGCACGUGGUGAACCACUCUCUAUUGUGUCAAAUGCACUGUCCUGAAAAACUGCACAACCAUUCACCCUGACAGCAACAUGACAUUUGCAAGUUCCAAAAACUAUGGUAGCACUUCACUUUAUAGCUCUGGCCGCCUCUUAAUUUCAGUGUAAUCGCUCUUAAUUUAUGUAACGAUGUACACACUCUGGGGUGGGUGAGUUCAGGUGACUGUGACUGAACAUUGAAAUGUUUUUCAAAGAUAUUAUUAGCCCUUUAUACUGAGCUUUAGAGUGAAGUGUGACCAAAAGGGUACAUUACUGCAUUAUUGUUCGAAAGACAUUGCUGUUAUUCCGUUGUCCCAUGGAUGAGGCAGUUUGUUUCUUAAAGAAAUGUCUUAUGUUGUACAGCGUACAUUGUAGCACAUAGUAUGGCAUUAUAGGUGGUUGUCCAAAGGAUGUUUUUUUUGUUUUGUUUUCAAAAGGUAAACCUAAGAUGAAGGCAGAUAUUUGGGCCCUUCUUUAAAGUGUGUGUUCCACAUAGGCCAGAGUCAAAGCUGUAAAUUUACUUCAUGCCUGGAGGUUAUGAACAAGCGAAAGAGAAAAAAUCUAAAUGCUUUCAUCCCAGCCUUCGUUCCCUCACUUGGCUUUAAUAACUCACAUUUACACAGCUAUUCCUGUCCCUUUCAAAGGAUCUGAGAGCACUUUACAGCAAGGGGCAUAACUCACGCGAGUUACCAGUGCGUUGCGUUGCUAUUUGGAGGAUGCACAGUGGCUAUAUUACACCAGGACUCACUUCACAUUUUUAGAGUGUAAGAGGCAAUGUGUGGUACCAGACAUACCUGAAGUAUGUUAGUACUCGAAAUUAUCAGAACUGUAACCUUCAUCUGGUAGAACGCAUUGUGUGUAUCGUAACACAAUUCUUUGUGUAUCAAAUUAUAAACUGUAUAACAUGAGAAAUACAACAUUGAUGGAAAUACCUUACAGAAACAGUAAGUCAUGGCAAUGCACUCCAUAGAACCUAUGCUUAUAGCUUUGGUUAAGGGACCUUAAUGAAAGCUUUUCGUAAUAAACUUUUACAUACACUAAUUAUGUUAAGUUAUCCAAAUUAGGUGCAAUAACUUAUUUCCAUAUUAUAUGAAUUAAUCUGUUCAAUGUGUUUAAUAUGUGUGUUUUCUAAUUUCAUUAAAUUAUUAUUUUCUGUUCUUAUGUUUGUGUGAUGCCAAAUGGAAGGCUAAGUGGCCAUGAGAUGUUUAUUAGUUAUUUCAUUUUCGCAAGACGUUGUUAGAUAUUCAUUGCAAAAACAAUUCAAAGCUACGCGUGGGAACAUUUUUGUAUAUAGAUAUGUCUUUGGUUCACUUGACAGUGUUGUAUUUUUGAAAUGUCUGUACAGAAUUUGUUUGAUACGGAGUAUUUGAUAGAUUGCGAUAAGUCUGGAAGUCCAACACUGUUGUGUCUGUCAGAAACACAGCCUUAAAAAAAUCAUCUUAUCUCAUACAUUUCAACGCUGGAAUGUUUUCUUACUGAUGUGAAUAGCGCUAUUUCAACAAACAACAUGAAAGUUCUCCUUCAUGUUCUGUUCAUAUUCAUUAAAUUGGCAUUACAAA